AAAACGUAAUCUCAAUUUUAUUAAGGAAUAAUGCAGGGUCUGCAUUUCAGUUGGCUCCAGUCAACAGAUUGCAUUAUUUUCGUUCUAAGCUACUGAGGGAAAGCUCAGAAAUUUCAACAAAUAACAUUUGUGAUUGGAUUAUCGAGCGAAUAACAAGCGAAUUAUGCUGUAAUGCCACUGGGAGUGUAAUACAAUGUAUUACAGAGCUACCAGAAUGGAAUGAUGAAGAGUUCAUCAAUAUGAUCUCGGCAAACGAAAAAUUCGAAGAAGCAUGUCGGAAUUUAAAAACUUAUCAGCAAGAGUGUUUUGUUGUUUGUGCCAUCAGAUCGAAAUCUUUGAAUAUCAUACGGUUAUUGUUCAGCUCUCUGAGGAAAAAUCUGUUCCUUAAACUUUGUCAAGAAAACGAAAUAUUGUUGAAAGUAGUCGAGACAGGCUCUGUAGAAAUGUUUCAGCUUCUGAAUAAUUUAGGAGUUACACUUGAAAAUAGCAGGUCCCCUCCUAUUGCAUCUCUGUUUACUGCUGUAAGAAACAACCACCUACCAAUGCUAUCAUUGCUGACGGAAUAUGUGGAACUAGACCCUUCAUUCAGAGAUGCACAAGGCUGCUCCCUAUUACAUUGUGCAGCAAAGUCCGGCUCCGUGAACGUAGUGGAAUAUUUGAUCAGACAAAGUUUUGAUCCGACAGAUUGCUCCGUUGAUAACGAAACAAUUUUGCAUUUGGUGGCGAUGUUUGGUUCCUUUUCAGCAUUUACGUGGCUUUGCGAGAAGUACCCUGGACAGAUAGGAAUAAAAACUACAACGGGAAAGUCUGUUUUGCACUAUGCGGCUUCGAAUGAAGACACAGAUAUUUUAAUUUUCCUGGUGGAGAAUAUGAAAAUGAAUCCGCAUGAGAAAACAAACGAUGGAGAAACUUUGUUACAUGUUGCAUGUCGCAAUGGAAAUAAUGGCGCUAUUAAGCACAUAUUAGAGAGUUAUCCAGAAAUUAUUCACGUUCAAGAUAAACAUGGGAUGACUGCAGCACACACAGCGUGCAUCAGUGGAAAUUUAGAGGCUAUGAAAUUGUUGAGUCAGUUUCAUGAACUUUUCGAAACAUUGUCAAAGAAGGGCGAAAGUGUCCUGCAUUGUGCUUCCAUGAGCAAAAGUCUAGAGAUACUUGAAUUUGUUAUGCGUUUAACAUUGCAUUCGAAAGAUGUGGUAACAACAGAAGGCUAUUCUUUACUUCACUCUUGCACCAGUUCUGCCAUUGGGAAUUUAGAUAUUGUGCAGUAUCUAAUAGUUCAAGGAUUUGAUGUUCGACAGCGUAAUAAACAAGGACAAAUCCCAAUGCAUUUAGCUUGUAUUUCAGGACAUUUACAAAUCGUACGUUUUCUGAUUAAUAAAUGCCCAGAACUCCUCAAUGCCAAGGACGAUAAAGGAUAUGAUGCAAUAUUGAGCUGUGCAAGAGGUCGAUCAUUAGAAACUCUGAAAUACCUUGAAAAUAUGCAAUGUUUCACGCAUCAGACUUUACCCACAGGCAAGGGUAUCCUUCAUAUUGCAUGCAAGCACAGUUCGGUUGAUCUUGUCAAAUAUUUGUGUCAAAUGUAUCCACAAGAACUUGAAAGACGUGAUUCCAAAGGGAAAACGGCAUUACAUAUGAGUGCACUCAACGCUUCAGUAGAUGUUAUACAAUAUCUCUUGGAUAUCGAGGUCGACCAUUAUGCUUUAUCAACGAGUAAACAAACAAUUUUACAUUUAGCGUGCUACAACAGUAAUACAGAUAUAUUGAAAUAUAUCGCAGAAAAACUACCUGGUCUAAAAUAUCAAAAAGAUUGUCGUGGAUACAACGCUUUGCAUUAUUCUUACGAGGCUAGAAAUGAAAGAGCAAUCAAGGUUUUGUUGAAUGAUUUCAAUGAUUUUGAUGUUCGCCAGAGAACAUUUGAAAAUUUCACACCUUUAGAUAUUGUAUUCAAAACAGUAAUAGAACAGAGCUAUUCCGGAUCGCAACCACAAAUGAUGAUCAGAGAUAGAGCACAAUACGAGACAAAUAAUCUAAAAUCCUUACACGCCUUCGAUUAUCUUGAUCUUGCUGUCUAUCCAAAAAGACGGAGAGGAAUAAGUGAAAGCAAAAUGCUAGCUUUCUCACUCUCACUUGCUGAUUGUUUGAAUAAUGAAAAACUUCUAAGCAAUCAAGAAAGAACUGUAAAUAUUGCUUCCUGUCAGUUGCUUCAUUUUGCCAAAUACGAAAAACACCACACAUGUACCUUUCCGGAAAGACUUAUUGAGACGGGGCUGACUUGGUCGAUGACUUGGUGCAUCGAAAUAGCAUUUCUAUAUCCAAAGGAAAUACGAGAACUUUUUCUCAGAUCUUCUCUUAAUAUCUUGCGUUCAGGGGCUGCUACUGAUGUAGUUAAAACAUUUGCUAGAGGACUCAGUAAAACAUUUGAUAUGAGAUAUAGCGAUGUAUUGAGUAUACACUCUGUGUGGGCUGGAUAUCUACCUAUGUCUCAUGAAAGGUGCAAUAACUGCAUCGAAACAAUAGUUGUUAUAACUAGAAAGACAAACGAAGCAGUACAAAGGAGUUUGAAAGAAUAUCAUGGAUUACAAAUAUAUUACCGAGAUGUCACGUAUUUCUCCCCGGAAGCAAAAGAAAUGAUGCAUCUCGAAAGUGAUGUAUCCCCUGACUUGAAGUUGAGGAAAGAAGAUAUUCAAAGACUAAUAAAACACCACAGCAAUAUUUCACUCGUAUCAACAUCAUCAGUCAAAUCAAUAGGAUAUGGUACAGCAAAUCAACAACCACCCAAAUAUUUGAAAUCGGUAGUUAUUUAUUGUAGAGUCAAAGGCAUAAUUCCGGCAGGCGAAAAACUCUUUCCAACACAAAUUGGAGGGUAUCCGGUUGACGUCCGAGAAAGUGCUGUGACUCUUGCUGUCGGUCAAGAGGGUUUAAAAAUGGGAGAUAGGAUAGCUCUAACAGAAGGGGAUAAAACUGGAACGGUGGGCGGUUUUAUUGAUAUAGAUGCUGACAGAAAGGGUUUUAUAACUUGCGCUCAUGUACUAACCUCUUUGGACAAUCAAACAGAUAAUCCACUCCACCAAAAACCACCCGUAAGCAUUAUAGACAGAGGAAGGAAGUAUACUAUCGGACAUGUGGUAGAAUAUGCUUUAGAUUUGGAUAGAGCGGAUAUUGAUGUUACAAUCGAUGCUGCCCUCGUUGAAGUGCAAAAAAGACUGCCAGACAGUGGAUAUUUUACUUCAAAUUUAAAGUUAUAAAAUAUUCAACAAGAAGAUUUUCGAAAACGGGACGAACUUUCUUUCACCGAUGGUGAAACAGCAACCAUAGAAGAAUGCAGAUCAGGAAUGAUACUGAAAGUUGGUGCUGCUUCCGGAUUAACACGCGGACAUGUCCAUUUUAAAAAUGCUGAAGCUGUAAUCGAAAAAAGUAGUGUUGUCUUAAAUGAAAAAAGACAUAUCUUACGUGGACAGAUAGAAGUAAGACCUUACAGAUGUAAUGAUUUUAUCUUAAAUGGGGAUUCGGGUUCUUUUGUUUUUCUGAUAGUGAAUGGAAACCCCCCUAUACUCAAAUGUGUUGGACUAGCGGUCGCUCGAACUGACCACGGGACUUGCUUAAUGACUCCUAUUGAAAAUGUUCUCUCUCGUUUUAAUUCGAUAAUUGAUCAGUUUACGAAAUUCAAAAAUAAUUCUGAAGAGGAAGAUAUGAUACGCAAAAUGUUUCGUGAACUCAAAGAAGACAUGAACAAUCAAUUUGUGGUUACAAAUGAAAAAGUAUCGGAAAUAGGAAACAGUGUAGCCCGGGUGGAAAAUAGACUGCAUGAGGUCGAAAAUGUGGUAUUCACUAACCCAGAAGACGGCGGACAAAAAUGGAUUUUUUGUUAUGAAAAUUGUAUUCUCAGUAUUAAAACUGUAAUUUUCUGGGUAUCUAAAAUAAUCACGAAAUCAAAACUGAGACGUGAACACAGAACAAAAUAGACAUACUUCGCUCAAAGUGUUACACAGUGUUUUCCAUGAAUGCUGUUAAGUGUUUUAUUCAUGUAAGAAUGUUAAUUUUAGUGUGAUAUUACUUAUCGUAUUUUACAAGUUAUGUGAUUUAUUUGACUGAAAGGGCAAGUUGUUCCAACAACUCGACAAAUGUCACUGUUAUCUCUACAUAUAAUUAAUAUAAACUAUUUUAUUAAAUGCGUUAACAUUACA